UAUGGGAACAUCCGCGGCGGCUCCGGCUGCGCCUCCUCCGUCUCCGGCAGGGCGAGCUGAGCCGGGGUUGAGCGCACCAAGACGCGGGGAGAGCGAAGAGGAGGAGCGGAGAGGAGUGGGGUUAAGGGAGCGCACCGAGCCGCCGUCACCCCAGCCCCGGGUCUCAGUGUCAGUCCGAUCCCGGUCGUGGACCCAGAGGGGGAGGCGGGCAGACAGGCGAUGUGAGCGGUCAGUGGAGCCAUGAGCUCCGCCUGGACUCCAGACUACGAGGCACUGUCCCCGGCAGGGGCUCCGGGGCAAGGGGGAACCGGGGGGGCCGCGGGUCUGGACGCGGAGCAGCGCACGGUCUUCGCCUUUGUUCUCUUUCUGCUGCUGUUCCUGGUGCUGCUCAUGGUGCGCUGCGUCCGCAUCCUCCUGGACCCAUACAGCCGCAUGCCCGCCUCGUCCUGGACCGACCACAAGGAGGCACUAGAGAGGGGACAGUUCGACUAUGCGUUGGUGUGAGGGCAGGGCAGGGCAGGGCAGGGCCAAAGAGUUCUGCCCCUGCCCAACCAAUCCCUGCCCCUGCCCAUGCCCAUGCCCAUGCCCAUGCCCAUACCCCUACCCAUGCCUUGAGAUUCUAUCGCUCACCUCCCCUAUCCUGCCCCAUCCCCAGACUGGCCUAGAAUCCAAGGCCUAGGACUGCCUCCAUUAUUGCCCCCCCCCCCCCACCUGGCCUAGGGCUCCCUAAACUCACCCCCCAUCACUUUACCUCAUCCAUGAAUCCAGGCUGGCCUAAACAGAAGCUCUUCUCCUUCUCCAAACCCCUACCUAGCCUGGCUUGGCCAAGACUAUCCUAUCCCCUGACCCAAGCCUGGGUCUAGGUCUCUCCUCGAAUCCAGAUUCCACCUCGGUCCUGACCUAGCCUGGGCCCAGAAGCCCAGGCUUCACUUCUCCCAACCUUGACUCCUGCUCUUAAGCCUCCACAUCCACCCUGAGGGCAGAGAUGAGCAGGCCCAAGGCCUAACACUAGAUGCUUUUGGAAGUGAAGUGGACCAGUCUUCCAAUCCACUUACAGCAGGGACGCAUUAGAGUGAAGUGAGCAAGCUUUGGGAGUCAGGUCUCCCAUUCCUGGGCUUUGGGGAGCCCCUCUGGCCAGGAUUGGUGGCCACUUCUUUGCCUCCUGGCCUGCAUCUACCCUGCCCACUACCUGUUGAUGGAUAAUCAAAACUCUGGAUGCUGCAACCUCUCCCCUAGUCUCUGCCCAUUUGACCUACAGGCCUCCCCCUUCUCUCAUGACAGCUGCCUGGCCAUCCUCCCAGGGCACUCAGGAUUGAAGCCUCCCCCCCCCCCAACCUAGUUACUCAAGCCCCCAUGGCCUAGGGGCCAUCUCCUAGAUUAAGAAACUCAGCAAGCUCCCCCUUCCCCCCAGCACUCUGACUCUCCCCUCAAUUCAACAAGUAUUUGGUAAGCACCUACUACAUGCAAGGUGCAGGGCCCCCAGGCCAGCCCAGACCAGCCCCUUCUCCCUGACCUUUGCCAAUGGCUGGCUUCCUGGUCAAGAAGCCCUGAACAGAAGGGCAUCAUCAAGGCACCAUGGGGGCAGGAGGGGUGGUGCAGGGCACUACAGUUGAACCAUCUCAACAAACAUUUUGAAUGCCUACUGUGGGAAGGGCAGCAGGUGAUCUAAGAUGGCUCAUACAAGGGUGGGUUUCUUUGACAAGGCUAUAGCUAGCUGCAGGUCAGCCCAAACCCUUAUUGAGUCUCUCAGAGUGGAGGGAACAUCAGCUGAAUGCUGACACAUGUAUAGCCUACCUGUCCUCUAGGUCCCCACUGCACUCUCCCUCUUGUCACUGUGGUCACCUCUACACUUGUCUCCCCACCCCCAAUCAGGGGCCUUCUGCUCUCCCAGACCCCACAGGCUGACUCGUUUUCCACCUCUGUGCCUUCGUUCCUUCCAUUCCCCUGCCUAGAAUGGCCUCCCCAACUUCUUGGCCACCUGAUCUUUUACCAAGCCUGUAUGCUUAUCCUGCACUUCCUGUUGCUUUGCUGUCUUCCCCCAAAGCCUGAAAGCCUAUGAAAGGAUUGGGGCCUUCUUCCCCCACGAUUACUGUAGGGUGGUUUUUGUUGUUGUUUUUUCAUUAAGGGCUGCUGCCUGGCCAGCUCCCCAAGUACCCUGCCCCUGCCCCACCAUGGGGGAUUUAUUAAUGAGCUCCCACAAGUGCUGAGCCCCUACCCAACUUGGCUGGGCUCUGGGCCCUAAACAGCUCACCCAGACGUCACCUCUGAGCUAAAGCUGGCAGAUGUGCACAGGACAAGCCAAAUCUAGGAGAGGGGAAGGAGAGGAAAGCUGGAUGGCGGACAGAGACAACACUGCAGCCGCUGCUCAGGCCCAAAUAAUAAAUAACAAAUCAUCCUG